AUGUAUUCGGUAGAGUCGCACCAGCCCAUCUCCCCGGGUCGGUCUAGCUCCUCCACCUUCUCCUCCUCCUCGAAACGGCCCGCCGACUAUUUUUGGUCCUCCGACUCAACAAAGAAACGACGAACAGACCAGCCCGUCGUCGUGCCCGACAAUGUCGUCCAAGAGCUUAGCUUCAAGUAUAGAGUUUUGAUGUAGUACUAGAAAGUGCAAGUUUUUUCGCCGGUUUUCGACCUUUUCUCUAUUUCAACAUCGACUUGGUGUUGUUUGUGCAUUCCACAUCGUGGCAGCUUCUUCUUUCAAAGUCGAGCUCGUCCAAGAAGCAAGAAAAAAACCAAAACUCUAAAUUAAAAAACAGGCACCACAUUCCGCAGGGGAUCGUGAGCGCGGUCUUGGAAACAAACGAGCCAGAAGAGGGUAUUCUGGCGCUGAAAGAGUUUCAACAGGAAUGUUUUGUGCGGAAUAUUGAAAGGAAAAAUCCCCCCUCCCCAUAUCAAAACGGAAAUCUGUGAUGCAGAUUUGUGGUCACAAAUCAGCUUUGUGAUGCUAGAAGGCAAAAGAUGCGGAUUGUAGUGCUGUCUAGCGUGGGAAAGCCUUGCAGCUCCACCAGGAUGACAGGAGGCAACUGGAAGUGGGGAACAGCAUGACAGAUUACCUGCAAUUUAGGCCGCAGCUUCGUCUCUUGGCCUUCUAGCAAUACAAGUCGAUUUGUGUACUCAAAUACAGCAUCACAAAUUCGCGCAUCUUCCGUUUCCGAUAUGGGGUGGGGGCUUUUUUCGGUUUGAUACGGAAGCGACCCCGACCAACGGACCAUGACGAUCCCCAUAGCAUUGAGAACGUGCUGAGCCCCCCCGCGGGGCCGGUAUUUGGUGGAGGAGGGUCCUCCUCCUCAUUUACCGGAAUAAAUAAGGCCCACCAUAAUUCGUUUCCUUCCCCGCGGGAGCUGUUGCAGCAGGACCACCAGCACCAGUCGACGUGGGCCGCACCCGAGACGAUUGAAGGGUGGGCACAGGAGUUCGCGUUGGCCUUCGAGUCCACGACCGACCGGGCCGAGCUACAGAGGAGAUGCAUCAAGCUGCUGCAGGAGUACAGUAAACGGUCGGACGUGGGCACCAGGUACGAAAAACUCCGCACGGCCAAUCAGGUGCUCUACAGAGCCAUUGCACAAAUGAACGAGCGACUACGACGACAAACCCAACAGGAGCGACAGACCGAGGAAGCGACCAACCGGCGAUACAGCGAGGUACGGUUUUGUUUUUCGACUUUUUUAUUUUUACCUCUCUUUUUAAUACGAUUGACUGCACCAACAUCGAAGAACUGACUCGCUUCUUUUGGGCGGUGUAUCAAAUCCGUACAAUGAUCAGCGAAAAUCUUCCAAAUUUUUUCGAUACAUCAGGUGGAGGAGAGGUGCAGGAAGCUGGAGCAGCAAAACGAUAUUUUGCGGUACCACCUGCAACUGAAGGGAUGACAUUGCAAAUGAACCGGAUAAUUCUCUUCCUUGAUCUUGAGCUUUAUUGUGCCAGUCUUGCGACACAAAAGCGACCCAUUCACAAAC